AUGACCACCAUGUCCCCUGUUUCUGUCAGUGCCCAAAGGAAUGAUAUGAUCUUCACUGUAAUUAACUCAGCUUCUUUCAUCCACUCCCUAGUGACAGAGGGGCACGGAGAGGUGGAUAUUAGGCUGCAUCUUAACUGCAGCCACUGUGAGAUGGACGAGUGCCGUGUUGAUCUUGAGACUCAAAAAGUCAUUUGCUUUUGUGAGCCAGGCACAGAGCUGGCUGAGGAUGGUGUGUCUUGCAUAGCUGAGCCGGUGGUUCAUCUCCCUCUCUCCUUGGUCUUGUCUGUAGUGACUUCAGCACUGGUGGCUGCUUUAAUUUUGGCUUUUUCAGGAAUCAUGAUAGUGUAUCGUCGGAAGCACCAGGAGCUACAAGCCAUGCAGAUGGAAUUACAGAGCCCAGAAUAUAAACUCAGCAAGCUGCGUACCUCCACUAUCAUGACAGACUACAAUCCCAACUACUGCUUUGCAGGAAAGACCACAUCCAUUAGUGACCUCAAAGAGGUGCCUCGAAAAAACAUCUCCCUCAUCCGGGGUUUGGGCCACGGAGCCUUUGGUGAGGUAUAUGAAGGUCAGGUGGCAGGGAUCCCCAGCGACCCCACUCCCUUGCAGGUGGCUGUGAAAACAUUGCCAGAAGUGUGUUCGGAGCAAGAUGAGCUGGACUUCCUCAUGGAAGCUCUCAUUAUUAGCAAAUUCAACCACCAGAAUAUUGUGCGCUGUAUUGGGGUGAGUUUGCAGGCACUGCCUCGUUUCAUCCUGCUAGAGCUCAUGGCUGGAGGUGACCUGAAAUCGUUCCUGAGAGAGACGCGGCCUAGACCGAACCAGCCCUCCUCCCUUUCCAUGCUGGAUUUGCUCCAUGUGGCUCGUGACAUUGCUUGUGGGUGUCAGUACCUGGAGGAGAACCACUUCAUUCACAGGGAUAUUGCUGCCAGGAACUGCCUCCUUACCUGUCGAGGGCCUGGGAGAGUGGCUAAAAUUGGAGACUUUGGAAUGGCCCGGGAUAUAUACAGAGCCAGCUACUAUCGGAAGGGUGGGUGUGCAAUGUUGCCUGUCAAAUGGAUGCCUCCGGAGGCUUUCAUGGAAGGGAUAUUUACAUCAAAAACAGACACGUGGUCCUUUGGCGUGUUGCUGUGGGAGAUAUUCUCUUUGGGAUACAUGCCCUACCCUAGCAAAAGUAACCAGGAGGUUCUGGAGUUUGUCACCAAUGGAGGAAGGAUGGAUCCACCUAAAAACUGCCCUGGCCCUGUUUAUCGCAUUAUGACCCAGUGUUGGCAGCACCAGCCUGAAGACCGGCCAAAUUUUGCCAUAAUCCUGGAGAGAAUUGAGUACUGCACUCAGGAUCCAGAUGUCAUCAACACUGCGUUGCCAGUAGAAUACGGCCCAUCAGCCGAGGAGGAGGAGAAGGUAGCAAUGCACCCCGAUGAUCCAGAAGGAAUUCCUCCUCUCUUGGUCUCCACACACCGAGACAGAAAGAAUGACAAGCAAACUCUGCCAUCUCCACCACCCCCGCCGUCAGCCAUCACUGCUGGAAAACCUCUCGGGAAAGUGGGAGCCUUGGAGCAGCCAGUGCCAGGGAAGGUGCCAUCAGCCUCAGCAGGGGGACAUAUCAACAUGGCCUAUGCCCAGUCCAAUCCCCCUUCCGAGCUGCACAAAAGCCGAGGCUCCAGAAACAAGCCCACCAACCUCUGGAAUCCAACUUAUGGUUCCUGGUUUGCAGAGAAGCAGGCCAGCAAAAACAGUACUCUGCUGGAGAAGGAGAUGCCUGAGAGGGAGAAUUUGGGACAGGAAGGAAACUGUAUGGUGGGGCCCAACAUUGUGACUGGCAGGCUGCCCGGCUCCUCCCUGCUAUUAGAGCCAUCUUCCCUCACAGCGAGUGUUAAAGAAGUGCCUCUCUUUAGGCUCCGCCACUUCCCCUGUGGCAAUGUCAACUAUGGAUACCAACAGCAGGGCUUACCCUUGGAAGCCUCCACACCACCUUGCGCUAGCAGUUAUGAGGACACCGUCCUUAGAAACAAGAGCCACAUAACCCAGCAGGGGCCGUGA